AUGGACAAAACUGAACUCAUUAUCUUUCCCACAGCCAUAGCAACACCCCCUACCAAUAACUCUAUCACUGUUCACAACACCAUCAUUUCCCCCGUUCUCCUACUCUGCUGCUUAUUGUUAGCUCUUCAGAGCAAGGCCUUCUUUCCUCUUGUUGUUAAAGCCCUCUUCUCAUCACAUAUUUACUUGCAGCUCUCUCCUACUCAGCAACCAUCUUUACCCGCUUUUUCUCCUGCUGAUAUAACUAUGGCAGAAGUUCCUGAAUUAAACGUCAUCCCAAUGGACAGCUACAGUGAGUACGAGGAAGAAUUUUACGCUGACUACCCCUGUGAUAGGAAGUCUAGUAUGAAGCAUUUAGAUUGGACCUCGCAUCACACCAGUUGGUCAACAAGUGGAAUUAAACCAGAAAUAAGAAAGACUAGAAAGCCUCGGCACUGCUUCAGAAAGGCAAUAAUGCUGGUGGUGGCUGUGGAAAAGCUAAAAAAAAAAGUUUUUGACAAACGAUCACUGUUCGAUGACAGUGACCUGAUGGAUCACAUCCUAGUGGAGGAUGAAAUUACCUUCAACAAAAUAGAGAAUACAUGCGCACCUCCACGCAAAUUCCUGUACAGUAACACAACUGUCCACAUUAUUCGAGAUUGCAGACAGAAGUGUCUAGCACUGAAAAAAACUCAGGGCAGAGCGCAUCUUGUGGCCUUGUUCUUACAAGGGAAGAAUCUUGAGCAAGAAGCAAAGAUAAAUGUGGGCACGUACGUUUCACCACCUCUUGUGGAAGAUAAAUAUCCAGUCACUUUGGGUCUUGCUGGUCACAAUCUCUUUUUAUCCUGCAUUCCUGGAGAAGACAGUCCCCGUACUCCAGUACUAUCUCUGUUGGAGGUCACCAACAUUCAAGAAAAAAGGGACGGUGACUUGCUGCUCUUCCUCUUCUACAAAACAGAAAACACCAGUCACAACACCACCUUUGAAUCAGUGGCUUUCCCUGGAUGGUAUAUUAGCACGUCCCAGCAGGAUCACCAGUUUGUUCAAAUGAAGGCGCAAGACAAUCAAGUGUUUCUUAGGGAGUUUGACGUUACUCCAGAAGGAAUCUGA